AUGUUCAAGGCCCUCAUGGGCGGGAACCGCUCGUCCUCCGAUGUGCGCAGCAACUCGAGCUCCAAGAGCAAGAGCCGUCGCAGGACCGAUUCGAAAGGAUCGACAGUGAGCCGCAAGUCAUCACGGGGUGACGACCGUGACCGUGGCCUGGGCGAUCUGUCGGCCUACCCAUCCUCGAGUAGCCGGAGUCGGCGCAAUGCAUCGAGUGUCGCCGGAGAAUCGGUCGCUUCAAGCUACGCGACGGCGGAACCGGGCGUUUCGGGCGACCCCGAUCCUCUUCUUAUCGAACGAACCCCCAGGCGCCGCGAUUACGACGAUUCCGACCGCCGCGAUCGAUACCGAGAUGAUUAUGAUGAAACGGAGGAUGGUCCACGUCGGCGCACCCGGGCGCGAUCGCCGAGUCGAGAGCGUGAACGCCCCGGACGGCGCGACCGUCGCCGAACCCGGUCGGGCGAUGCAUACUAUCCGCCUGUAUCUGGGCCACCUGAGGCAUCCCCUCACCUGCCUCAAUUUCCGCCUCAGUUUCACAACGCGAGCCCGGAUAGCCUGUUGCCAGAUUCGCCCCAUGCGCCCGGAGCUUACGACCCUCAUGUCCAACAACAAUUUCCCGGCCAGUUCCCGGCGUAUGUGCCAGAGACUUACAGCCCGCAAAAUCCCGCAGGCGAAGCAGCAGACUACUAUGGUGACCAGGGACAGUCUGUCGCACAUCAGCCCGGUGUGCGGCCCAAACCCCCGCUAGUAGCCUCUCAUGACCAGGCGCAUUUGAUGACCGCGUCGCCAACUGUCAAUCCACCGCCAGAGCCGAGCAGUAUGGGACAAGUCGGUGCUGCAGCUGCCUAUUACGUGGACGAUGAUGCCGACACGCCGGCAGCCGCAGAACCCGGCAAUUCGUCUGCCCCUGCACCGAAACCGCCGAGGCCGUCCAAGCCAUCUGUACACACCUCCGGACCAGCAGCUGCCGCUGCUACAUAUGGAGUGGGAGAGGUGCUGCAUGAGACUAGCGGGUCGGAUUCAUCGCCUGUCCUUGUUGACUCGCCAACCUCGAUGCAAGCUCCGCCGACUGCUGGCAAUGCUCACAAACCUCCACAUUCCCAUGGAAUGGGCGCUGCGUUUGGAGUAGCCGCAGCAGGUGCAGCGACUGGCUACGUGAUGGGUUCUCAUCAUCACUCGUCAGGUGCCGACCAUACUUCCCAAUACACCAUGCAAAAUUACGAGGAAAUUUCUCCAAAUCCCACAGGACAACCCGGCCCAUCAAUUUAUCCGCUUCCAAAUGCGCCCGCAUAUGCUGUCGGCGGUGGUACACCAGCUGGGUACGCUUCUGAUCCCUCGCAUCCUCAUCAUGCUGCUCUCUACCAUAGCUCCCCGCUUCAGGCUGGAGCGCUGGCUUUCCAAAGACCUCAGCGCGGUCCCAUGGAUAAGUUCAUCGACUUUUGGCGUGACCCUGAAGGCGUGGGGAUGUUCGAAGACUACACAGAGGCAAUCGGAGUCUGUAAAUAUUGCUUUGAGCCCGGUUCGACCUCUCUUGACGCCCCUCGGAAGCAUAAUCAUAAAGCACGUCGCAAUUCUGGCGAUCGAUACAGCAACGGGUCGCGGGUUGAUAAACUGGUUCGGUACGGAUCUUCCGAGGACGAGAGCCGACGACGCAAGAAGUCUUCGAGAAACUCAUGGUUACCUGGAAUGCUUGCUGGCUACGGAGUCAAGUCGCUCUUCAACAACAAAGAUUUUGAUGAUACUUACAGCGUUCGAUCUGGCCGCGUAAUCUCGUCGCACGACAAUGAGAGUGUUUCAACUGGGCACAAGAGUCAAACCUCUCGAGGUGUUUACAGGCGCUCGCACCGGAGCCGGUCUGGAGAUCGCUCUCAACGCAGCUAUCAUGCGGACUCGAAAGUUGGCAAAGGCGAGAUGCUUCGAAUCACGUCUGGGUCUCAAGUUCGAUCUCGCUCUCGUUCGCGCUCUCGUUCUCGUUCUUCAUCGCGAACUCAAAGUCACUCCGUUCUCAGGGAUGCUGCUUUAGGUGCUGCAGUAGGUGCGACAGCCAUGUCAGUAGCCAAGUCUCGCCACCGAAGCAGCAGCCGAAGUCGAUCGCCGCGGAAAGCCAAGAGUAGAACCUCUUCUUCAUCUGACUCUUCUGUCUUGAACAUCUCGAGGCCAUCUGAGAAGUCCGUUGGUGGGGGGCUUGGUUCAUUCUUUUCUGCGUCUUCCGAGAACCGCAAGAAGGCCCGUACCAAGAAGAAAGGGAGCGUUUUCUCUUUCAAUCACAACUCCUCUUCCUCCUCUUUGGAUGCUGAUUUGGCCUUUGGUAACGGGUACUCAAAAGUACCGCCCGGUAAAGCCAAGAAGAAGAACCGCAAGAAGGAUAAAAAGGAUCUCGAAGCAAGACUGCUGGGAAUGGGUGCAGUUGCAACUGCCCUCGUGGCAGCUCGCAAGCACCGCCGACCGGGUGAGAUUCUUGCUGGCAAAGAUUCUCGAUCUGGUCGCUCCGAUUAUACCUCAUCUGCCUCCAAUGAUGAGGGAUGGGAGGACCUAGACUCGGGUGACCAGUCUCCCGCAAGUGUCAGUUCGGGUCUUGCCUUCGGCGGAGAGGACUCCCAUUCUUCUGAUUCUGGAAGAUCUAUAUGGGGCUGGAGAUGGGGAGCUAAGAAGGAUAAGAAGAAGGCAAAGAAGAGGUCAGAUUCAAAGGAUGGCCAUCUACCAAGUGCUGCUGCUGCCUUGGGCGCUGGUGCUCUGGGAACAGCCGCACUCGCUUCUUCUUAUGGCCGGGACGGACGAACGGUGAGCCAGGACGCUAUUAGUAGUACCGGAAGUCUUCAGCAUGUAGCUCCCGUUCCUACCAGCGACCCGUCGCGUUUUGAUGCCAUCAGAGUGGGGUCGAUGCCUCCUGGCCAGCCAACCUUCGUGCGUCCGGGGCCUAUACCUCUCCAACAACCCCAACCGGUGACACCGGUCUCUCAAGCGGUGUACACAUCACAAGGCGAGCCGAUUCACGCGUAUAGUGCACCGGCGCCCAGCGAUCCAGCAUUCGGAGGGGCACCUUUCCCCCCAUAUGAACAGCAGCCGUCGGAAUUCAAAUAUGGACCCCGGAGCCAGAAUGGCGCACCGUACCCGGAUGAUAGAGAAGUGCCUAUAGGUAGACCGCCUCGUCGAAGUGACUCUUCUCCCGUGUUUCCUACAGAGUCCCUGGAAGGGUCUCAAGUUUCUGGGCUCAAACGUCGCUCUACCACCAAAGAUCAAGCAUCGGUCUCCUUCGAUUUGACGCAGGAACAGGAAGACAAGGAACGACGUGCGGAUCGGCUCGAUAGGCUGAGGCGCAAUCCUGAGUAUGAUGGAGGCGUCCAACUUAUUGACCGAGAAAGUGAAAUUGGGUCCCGGGAUCCUGAUCGCCGUUCCAGGCGCAACAAGGAGCGGGAUUCCGAAUCAGUCCGGGACGAUGGAUACGGUGAUGAUCGAAGAGACUAUGAGCGGGACCCUCGAAAGAGCUCGGAUUCCUCGUCGUGGAUCGGUCCAGCGGCAGUAGGUACCAUAGGUGCCGCAGCGGCUGCAUCAGUGCUUUCCAGCAGAGCCUCUCAUGAUGAUUCUUCAGAGACUAGCCAACGACGCAGUGAGGAGCGACGCGAGAAGCGCCGAGCACAACGACGCGGCGCGUCUGAAACCGGUUCGACGGUGUCAAGUGCGCCAAUUUCUGACGUUACUGACGACCGCUCGUUCUCGCCGCGUGAGGCAGAGCAUAUCAAGACCUCCGCAUUCCGUGAUGUGUAUCGCAAGAAGUCGGUCUACGAUGAUUACGCGCAGUUCUUCGCCCCCGAGGUGCAACGCUACAGCCCUGACACAUAUCAUCGCCGCGAGCCUACCUCGAUGCCCACGAUCAUUGAAGUAGAGCCGACUAACGAACGGACUCGCACGCUAAGCGAAGGUCCUCAUCCGGAAUAUGACAAUCUUCCUUGGCCGGUACCGACUCUCAAACUCAUUGAACCCACGCCACCACAAAGCGUGACUGGAUCGGUUAGAGACCUCGCAUCGCCCGUCAUGUCCACGCCUGAGAUCAUAGAGGCAGAAAGCCCACCAGAACGGCCAACAACAGGCUCUAGGGUCUCUUGGGGUGAGCAUGAGAUGCACGAGUACGAAGUUCCAUCUACAUCUUCCGAUAUCGAGUCCGUCGACCAUGAUCUUCCACUCCGAAGGAAACCGAAUCAUAAAGACGACCUCGUUGAUGAAGAACUGACUCGGGAUAUUAGAGGUGACUCGCCUAAGAACACCUUCAGUAAUGUCGAAGGGGAUAUAGAUUUCGCCGCAACAGUGGCUGCAGCUACUGCAGCGACGGGUUUUGAUCCUUCGGUUGUGAUAAAUGAUCCAAGCUAUCACACGCGGUCAUCCCCUCCUGGAUCGGAGAUCAAGUUUGUUUCCCCUUGGACGCAGACCCCCGUUGAUUCAAGGGAGCCGCAUGGGUAUGUUGAGGGUGAGGUCGAGACACCGGAUGAUGGGCCCAAGGACCGGUCGGCGCCGAGACAAUUCAUCGCCGACGAAACACUGUACUCGGAACCCGAGCCCGUCACCCGCGAAGAUGUUGAGACCCAUGAGGACCGACCCCGAUCGUCUAUUGCACAAGAGGUUAUUGAGCAGUUGGGUUCACGCCGUGAAGGUCGUCGCAGAUCCCAGUCACCCCCAGACGAGGCGCUUUCCAUGCCGGGGGGAUUUGACCAGGAGGACUCGCCUACGAAGCACUCGCGUGACAAAACCCGGGAUGCUUCCGAAUCGGCUGUCUCGGUUCCCAUGCCCGGAGACUUUGAGACUCCGACCAAAUCACGGUCCCGAUCUAGUACCGACGAUCUGAAACUCGAGGAAGACGACACUACAUCUCUUGCUGAUGGUGGCUCCGAAGGGAAAAAGAAACGGCGGAAGAGGCGCUCUAGGCACACCGAUGAUUUUGAAGACUCUGCUUCUGUGACCUCUUCUCCGGCUAGAAUCGGAGAAACCCGUGACAAAUCCAAAGGCACAGACGAGAAGACGGACAAGAAACCGAGCUUCCUAAGCAAUAUCUUCGGCUCCAGAAUUUCUGAGCCAGUAGACGGCAAGAGAUCCUCCUCGACCGAUAGACGAACAUCCCGUGAAGUUCAAUCAGAUAUCGGGACCCGAUCUUCCUCGGGGUCGAGACAUCGGCGGAAGGAGAAGUCCUCCAGACGUCGCAGCUCUAGCCGUGCUGAUACGCUAGAGGGUGACUCUGCCGAAGAGGACAGUACAGUUGCGGAAAAGGAGAAUAUUAACGUCGAAGGUUACAAGUCUAGCAGACAGCGAAGGGAAGAACGCCGGCGGCGACACGAGGGUAUCCUGGAUUCUGGUAAAGGAAUGGGAGAUGAGAAGGUAUAG